UCUGUGGUCCCUUAUCGUAAAAGCAAAAUACGAGUUGUGAAAAUAUGCAAAAUGGCGUUAUCAGAUGGGGACGAAAAUUAUUUUUCAAAAAUUUUAAAAGAAAAUGACAAAACUAAAUGGGUUCCUUUAUCACUAACAUUAGUCGAAUAUCCAAAAGAUGAUAUCCUAGGAAAAUUAUUAGCUAUAAUUAGUCUAACCCCCUUUGGAAUCGGGUCUGGAUUUUUAACAUUAAUACUAUUUCGAAGAGAUUUACAUACAAUCACGUUCUUCGUAGGAACUUUGUGCUCGGAGGCUUUCAAUUAUUUAUUAAAGCACUCGAUAUGUGAGGCUAGACCGAAGUUGCGACCGGAUGAUAUGGUCGAAUAUGGAAUGCCAUCUUCGCAUGCUCAGUUCGUUUGGUUUUUUGCAACGUACAUCAUAUACUUUGUCUUCAUUAGGCUUCACCAUAUGAACAACAACACGAUUAUCGAGAAUGUAUCAAAGUUACUAAUUAUCUCGUCAUCCGUAUUAGUAGCGCUACUAGUCAGCUUCAGUAGAAUUUAUUUAGAGUAUCAUUCCAUAAGUCAAGUGCUCUGCGGCGCUUUGGUGGGCGUAGUAUUCGCAACGUUCUGGUUUGCGCUAACAUAUUUCGUAUUUACGCCAUUGUUUCCACAAAUCGUCACCUGGAAAAUUUCGGAAUUUCUGUUGUUGCGCGACACGACACUCAUACCGAACGUGCUUUGGUUCGAAUACACAAAUACGCGGCAAGAGGUGCGUGCUAGAAGUAGAAAACUGGUUAGUAUGAAGUCCCAAUGACAUCUACUAAACAACGGUUUCAACUUUACAUUGCCAGCUGUGUUAAUUAGAUAUGUUAAGGCUGUUGCUAGGAAACGGUAAAGUACAAGUUUUUGCGAUAGAAUUUAUAUAGCGGUUGAUAUGUUUAUAUUAUAUAUUUUAAAUUUGUACAUAGUUUGGUAAAACAAUUCCCCCCCCCCCCCUCGAAGUAUAAAAUUUUGCAUAAUAAGCGAUAUUAUGUAAGGCAAUAAUCGUCAUUGUCUCAAAAAAUGUUUGUAAGAGGCACACAACUUAAAAUUAGGGAAUACUAUUCGAAAUGCAGCUUAAUAAUCUUCCUAUUUCGUUUAUGUUAAGUUAGCUACAUGAUCCUCUUAGUUCCUUCGAUUACGAUAUUUGCCACAUGUGUGUGCAAUGUUUCGUUUACGAUGGGUGCACUUUAAUGUAUUUGAAAGUCGAAUUCAAUUUUCAAGCGCAUAAAGUUUCCCCUAUAGAAGAAUUUUGCUCAUUAUUUUAAUGCUUAACACAUUUUCAGUAUAGUGUAAUUAUUGUAUUUGAUUGUACUUCCAAAAUUCAGAGAGGUAAUGCUUUAUACACAUUAAUAUUCGCCGUGCGAAUGUGGCACAUCUUUAUAGUCAAGUCGUAAUAAAACGUUUGUCAAUCAUUACGUCAGCCAGUCAAUUGGGGUAGCUUAGGAUAUAUUUAUAUGUGUUAACGUAUUUAAUUACCUACUUACAACUACGUUCUACAAUUUUUAACUACGUAGAGUUAGGUAGAUUAAUAAUUGUAAUAGUGAUAAUUAUUACUCUCGGUUGCUUUCCUAUUUUUAAGACAGGCAGCGCGUUUUUUUCUCCAUUAGAUGUGAUAUGUCUUUUUUUUAUCUUAAAUAAGUCAUCAGAUGUACUUAACUGUAACCAAAUGACUGAUUAUGUAAUAUUUUUACAAUUUACUCGUAAGUAUAAAAUAGGUUUAGGUGCACAUUUCGGAACUAGUGGUUAGAUAUCCAAUCAAACUGAUUCAAAUCGGUGCCUGUUGAACAGUGACACAUAGCUUUAGCUUGAAAAAUCAUUGUAAAGAUAAAAUGUGUUUUAUAGUGUUAACAAAUAUAAUUAUAAACAAUGCAUUCGUGUAAA